AUGAAUCUGCUCCAGCUUGACCUCCUCACCCAAGACGAAGAGAAGAACUUCAGGGAAAGAGCCAUCAAGGUCGUGCAGGCUGCGGGCGGCAUUGUGCUCAAGGCUCACCAGGCGUUCUACCAGCUGCUGAUGGCGAUCGACUUUUUGACCGACGCCAACUUGCAAGUGGCGAUCAUCGCACCGUCAGGCGAGGAGACACCGGUGGACUCCUUCCUCUCCCUGCUCGGCCGCACCUUCAUGCCCAACGCGGUGGUAGCAAUGAAGGAGGAGGACGAAGGCACCGGCACCGGCACCGGCGCCAGGCGCUACGAGGUGGGCAUGCUACGGGGCAAGACUACGGUCGGUGGCAAGGUGACGGUCAUGGUGUGCGACGCCCAGUCAAAGGUGUGCCACGCCCCGGCUCACUCUCCUACUGACCUCGCACGCGAACUGGAGGCCGCCAAGAAGACCUACCAACUCUGA